AGUCGCAACAGUGCAACGGGACGCAUGCUUUUUGAGUUGCUCAGCGCACAAAUCUGAAGUUAGAUCAUCACGUUUAACUUGCUAAAUUUAGCAGGAUUUGUCCUUCUUUUGAGCCUUCAAAAUUUCUACUUUCUUCGAACAUCCUCCAUCCUCAUUCCAGCGUAAAUCGCAGAAACCAAGAGUCUUAUGACUGAACAAUCAACAGCUCCAGGACAACUUCACGGUCCUCAAUCGAUGCCCUCGAGUGGUAUGGAUGAGAAAGUUAUCCCGCAAUGCUUGCAAGACAGGAACCUCGAGAAGAUCGCCAAAGAAUUGGGUAAAGAUGGGAAGUCGCUAGGCCGGCAGUUGGGGUUCAGCGAAGGGGAACUCCAAUGCUUUAAGAACGACAACAAAGACAAUCUAAAGGAGGAGAUCAUCAGCAUGCUUACUGCGUAUAUCAACACCAAAGCCCAUGGUGACCCCGUAAUGGAAUUACUGAAGGCUCUUAAAGAGAUUGAGCGCAUGGAUUUAUACACAAAACUGCAGAACGCGGCAGAAGAAAGUGGCGAUCACAAGUAGAGAAGACAUCGCACCCAAUCAGCAGCGUAUCCAGCUUUUGAUGUGGGGGG